UAACUAUUGAUUAGAAAUGAUUUCUUUACUUAUUUAUAAGUUGACUCACUCACUCACUUCCUUCCCUGCUAAGUAUUCAUGGCAGAAAAUCACAACCACCGUGACCUGCUUAUUCUUCCGCCCUCGGUGGAGGCUCUGAUCGAGAGCAUCUGCCGCGACCAGAACCGGCCUCCGCUCGAUUACAGCACCCGCCACCGUCUCAAACUACAGGGCGAGGAACAAUCCCUUCGCAUUCUCAACAAAAUCGCCGCCACCCGUAUCCGAUUAUCUUUCGCAGGCUUCGUCAACCACAUGCUCGACGACAUCAACCACCAAAACAAUAAUAAUAAUAACAAUAACAACAAUAAAAACAAUUCUCACUCUCAACCUGAGCCCUCCACGCGACAACAAACCUCUCCCACGCGCCCUCCCCGACCCACGCCCUCCUCGCUAUUGCACGCGCUCGGAGAAUUGGAGUUCCGAAAAGCCUUUCUCAUUCUCAGUUACAUCGGACGAGAGAGUCUUGAGAAUUGUAUUACUGAUGCUAAAAUUAGAAGCCUCAAAGACUUGCCGAUGGCAAAGUUCGAGAAAACAAUAUGGGAAGAUUUUGGGGAAAAAUGCAUCUACGAUCAAAGUGAUCGCCAAUUGCAUCGUGACUGGAAUUCUGGCCGCACACAUGUAUAUCAAUGUUUUGUUUUUCCAGAUGGGAACUUAAGGUUCAAGGGCCCUAUAUUACAAAGCACGCGAACACAUUUGCAGAAAACUCUCGGUGAUGACAAUGUUUUGCUAGUUAAAUUUGCUGAGGAUGGGAGUGGAAAGAAUUUUAGGACCCAUGCUGAAGAAGCAAAUGCCCUCUAUGGAAAGUUUGGAAAAGAAGGGAUUCGUGUUGGUCUGCGUUUGUAUCGCUUUUUUGUUUUUAAAGAUGGUGGAAACGAAGAGAAGCAGAAGGACCCAACAAGUUCCACUGUGAAGUGUUAUUUUGUUAGGAUGCAAUCAGGUUGUUCUGCAGAUGAGGGUGCUGAUUACAUUUUGUCUAACAAGACAGUGUCUGAAGCAAGAACUUUAUUCAUGCAUGCUCACAUGUUGUUGCCCAAUUUGAACAAGUAUAUGGCUAGGUUCUCUCUCAUUCUGUCAAAGACCUUGAAACUCAACAUUGACUUGACAACUGUGAGUGUCCAAAAAAUACCAGAUGAAUAUUGCAAGGAUGCAAAUGGCAAUAUUAUGGUUGAUAAUGAGAAACCACGUAUUCUCACGGAUGGAACUGGCUUCAUCUCUAGAGAUUUGGCGUUGCUCUGCCCCAACAAUGUUUACAAAGGAAGCAACUUGGAGAACAACUGUAUUCAGGAAAUUAACAAUCUUGUUGAACUUGAGGAUAUGAGUAAUGCAAUGGGAGAAGCAGAGCAGCUGAGCACACAUGAACCGCCUUUGCUGAUUCAGUGCCGUCUCUUUCACAUGGGUCAUGCAAUUAAGGGUACUCUUUUGGUUAACAGAAAGCUUCCUCCUAGGACAAUACAGGUUCGACCUUCAAUGAUUAAAGUUGAGAAAGACCCAAGUGUGCAUAUGCAAAGCAUAAAUUCAUUGGAGGUAGUAACCACAAGCAACAAGCCAAAGAGAGGAUAUUUAUCUAAACAUCUGAUUGCACUUCUGAGCUUUGGAGGAGUUCCAAAUGAAUUCUUCAUGGAUUUACUUCGGAGUAACAUGGCAGAUGCAAACCAUGUCUACUCCAACAAGCGUUCUGCACUCAGAGCAUCCAUCAACUGUGGCGAGAAGGAUGAAUACAAUGCAGCAGAAAUGAUUUUAUGUGGCAUUCCUUUGGAUGAGCCAUUUUUGAAGCAUCAUCUCUCUAGAUUUGCGAGGGAGGAAAAAAAGAAACUUAGAGGAGGGAAGCUUUAUAUGCCUGAUUGUUUCUAUUUAAUGGGGACUGUAGAUCCCACUGGACACUUAAAAAAGAAUCAAGUUUGUAUUAUUCAUGAGAAUAGCCAAAUUGUUGGGGAUGUUCUGGUUUAUAGAAAUCCUGGUUUACAUUUCGGAGACAUUCACAAAAUGGAUGCCACAUAUGUGAAGGAGUUAGAGUCAUAUGUUGGACAUAGCAAGUAUGGAAUUUUUUUCCCACGUGUUGGAACUCGCUCUGUGGCAGAUGAGAUUGCUGGAGGUGAUUUUGAUGGUGACACAUACUGGGUUUCUAACCAUCCUCAGCUAUUACAAUAUUUCAGAAAGGGUGACCCUUGGAUCGAAAAUUCGGUUCCAUUGGAUUCUAGUGUUAAAAAGCCAAGUGAAUUUUCUCCCGAGGAACUCGAGGAAGAACUUUUUAGACUAUUCCUCAAAACUCGGUUUCAACCAAGUUACGCAAUGGGCAUGUCAGAAAAUAGCUGGAUGGCACUCAUGGAUCGUCUUUUGACACUAAAUAACUGCUGCACUAAUGAGAAUGAGAAGGAACGUGUGAAAGAAAAUAUGCUCAAAUUGAUUGAUAUAUACUAUGAGGCAUUAGAUGCUCCUAAAAGUGGAAGAAAGGUCCAAGUUCCAAAUGAUUUAAUUGCAGAAUUGUUCCCGCACUAUAUGGAAAAGGAUAAAUCAUUCACUUCAACCUCUAUCUUAGGUUUAAUUUAUGAUGAAGUUGAAAUCUGGCUAGAAAACGACAUGGUAGGAGAAAUUUGGAAACUCCCUUGUUUUGAUGUUGAAGUACCUCCCAGCUGUUUGGAAAAGUGGAAAACAAAAUACGAAGAAUAUAGGAAGGAUAUGACUGAUGCCUUGAACUUGAAGGACAAAUCUAAAUCCCACGAAGAGGCAGCUGAAGUCAAUAGAAAAUAUAAGGAGGAAUUCUAUGGUCCAACUCUUCAGAUGGAGGGUUGUCUGAAGAGUAUUGGUGAUAUUUUUAACGAGGCUCUGGCUGUGUAUAACGUUAGUUAUGAAUACGCCAUGCUAAAGAAAGAAGUCAAAAGAUGUGGCUUUGCAUGGAAGAUUGCAGGUUCAGCUUUGACUAGGCUUUAUAUCAUAAAACAAAAUGAGAAGGCUCUGAAUUGUGAUCCAUCUGUAGUGCGUGAGAUUUUUCGUUUAUGAAACAUGUUAUUAACUGUUUUUUGUUUUGUUUAAGGAAUGCUAUUAACUGUUGUAUAAUAUUAUACCUACUCUUUAUUUUCACCUAUCCUUUUCUUGCAUCA